AUAGCAACUGUUUCUGCCCGGAGUAGUAAACGAAAGAAGAAUCGAAACACACAGAAAUAAAAUUAAGUGCAGGAAGGCAUUAAUAUUGUUGUGCAUAAAACUUACAAAUCGAUGUGAAAUGACGGUUUAAAACUUAAGCAAUUAAAGAAAUUGGUUUAAAUACGACUUAAAAUAAUAAUUCAGCAGGAAAGUCUGAAGAAGUUCUUUUUGAAGAAGAGGGAAAAACGCUGCAUGUAUUAUUUGUACACAAGUGAAUUAUAUUUUUAUUAAAAUGAAGUGUACUUAGAAAAAAACAGGUUUAUAGUACAAACUAGAGCAGCAGCUUUGAAAUGUAACUGCAAAGUAACCGAAAUAAUAAUCUGGAAGUAUCAAUUAAGAACGUGACGUUGACUUCAGAAAAGCGAUAAUAAUACAGAGAUAUAUACUUUGUAUUAAAUAAACGAAUAAUUACAGUUUUACACAACUAUGUCUAUGAUAAGGUUUGCUUUGCUCGGCCUGCUAUUAUCCUUGAUAAAAGCAUCAUCCGAGUGGCAACUGACGAAAUGUUGCCCACCGGGACAAAUCUAUUUAAACAGUUUCACCAACUGUGAAUCAGUACCGUUAUUCGCGAUAGACGUUUAUUCUCACUAUUGGAACAUUACCCGAGAGUUCCAAAAACUUCCUCAGUGCAACGAACCUGAGGAUCUUGUGACAACGGUACUCGACGAUUUUGAAUCUGACACUGUCUUAGAGGUGCCCGCUUGCAUAGAAUAUUUUUACAAGUCAGGGGAAAUAAAACCCGUAAUAAUAAUUCGUUACUGUCAAUCAAACAAGGACCAACAAGUGAAAGCAAAUGAUACAUCCUUUCCGCAACUCUUAUACACCAGAAAAUGUUGCUUUGGCGAUACAAUAUUCGACAGCGGCACAAAGACAUGUGUGACCCGAUUAAACGAAUCACAGAGUCUUGGAGCAUUUUUGUUCAAUAGAUCGAUUAACGCAGAAAAUGCAGUGAUACUCACUCAAGGUCCACCUGAGUGUAAAGGGCCGAUCGUUAACUAUGAAAUUAACGAAAACGAUAUCUUCCUACGAAACAAUACAUAUUCGGUGAUGAUUCCAGUGUCCAAAAAUAAUGUCAAAGAGGAACCAGUUACUGAGGAUAACGCUUGUCUCGAGAUGACGCCGGAGUUUGCAGUUAAAAGAAAAUUGAUAGUCCGUAUCUGCAGAGAUCCGGAAUUCUGCGACACGAACGCUUGUAUUAGAAAGUGCUGUCCCGAAGAUAGAUAUUUUUAUGAAGACGGUUGCAUUAGUUUUCUCCGUUUUACCAAUGAAGUGGGAGAAUUUUACAAUGCUUUUGUGAACGCCGUGAAUCAGACAAAUUCGUUCACUUUCGACACGAACAAAAGUCACGGAGUUUUGAUUCAGAAGCCAUCAUGUGACUCUGUGUACCGUUACGAUAAUUGGGAAGAAAAUGUGUUACUGACAUCAAAUGGACAUAUUUUUAUCAAUAAUUAUGAUACGGACAACAUGUACUGCUUCGAAGUCCGACAUAACUAUUCCGACGACAACUCUGCUCGUUUUGAAUUCUUUUCCUGUUCUAAAUACAUGAGAGCUGAGAAACAUAAAAGCGCUAACUGGUGGUUCGCCAUAAUGGUCGUCAAAUGUACAUUUCUACUGAUGACGUUGCUAGUGUACGCGUACUUACCAAAUCUACAAAAUAUUCAUGGAAAAACGGUUAUAUGUUAUGUGAGCAGUAUCUUGCUGACUACCAUCUUCGGAUUCAUCAUCAAUUUGUACGACACAGUCACAUUUGAACGAAACAGAACAUUGUGCAAAGCUAUAGCUUACAUCGGGUUUUUUUCUUUUCAUGCGGUAUUUUUUUGGCUUAACGUCAUGUGCUUCGACAUAUGGCGGACCUUUGGAUCUAUACGUGAGAAUAUGAAUAUAAAGGACCGCAAGAAUACGAAACGGUUGCUGUUGUACUGUUUAUAUGGGUGGGGCAUCCCUUUACUGUUUUCAAUCCUCAUUAUCGUUGCCGAUAACACGGAUUUCCUGCCAGAAUAUCUGGCACCCGUUAUUGGCGAAGUCGGAUGUGCGUUAACAUAUAGAGCCAAUUGGAAUAACUACAGCGAUUUAAUUUUCGCUUAUGGACCGGAGACGAUUCAGCUAAUAUCCAAUGUGGUGUUUUUCAUUCUCACGACGAUGUAUUAUAAUAAGGUAAAAGCAGAUAUAAAAAAGGUAGAUACCGAUUCCAGAAGCAAACAAUUUGAGUUCAUUAAAAACAGAUUUAUCAUGAUCGUCAAACUGUUCAUCGUUAUGGGAAUGCAAUGGACAUUUGAGACAGUAAACUACUUCCUCGAGAAAUAUUCCAUUCACUGGCAUGUGAUUUAUUACAUCGGCCUAGGCUUAGAUUGUCUUGAAGGUUUAUUGAUUUUCAUUAUUUUUGUUAUGAAAAAAAACAUGUAUCAAAAUAUUCGCAAACGAUUGCAAGAUAUAAAAAAAAAUUAAUCUGCUACGUAACCACGUCAUUGUUUACUUAUAUAGUCAGGAAAAGCGCAAUCAACUACGCUAUAUUUUUGUUUCAUUUACGCGACUUAUGUUUUAAAAAGAGUCGAUAACUAAGCCAUACUGAGAAUUUGAGAGAUCGGAAAGAGAGUAACGAUAUAAAAGAGAGAAUAACAAUUCAAUAGAAAAACA